CUCAUAAUUCCUCAUUUAUUUCACAGUUAUAAGCUCUUCUUCACAGGAAGAAAACUCUACCCUCUUGUUUGAGGACUCAAACUUCUAACUUUUUCCCUACAUUUUUCUUCAAAAUGAAAUCUUUUGUGGUCUUUCUUGUUAUUCUCUCACUCCUCCUUGCACAAACUCAAGGGACUCGUUUGGGGAAAGUGUCUUUACCAGUUCAGCAACAGAAACAACAAGAUGGAGAAAGUACUUUGCUGAAAAGAAGUAACACUGAUGCUGAGGAAACUGUUCUCUGCAAAGACAACGAAUGCACAGGAAAAUUAAAGAAUAGGAAACUUGUUACCGCUUCCAUUUCUACUACCCAAUCCCUCCCAAAGAAUGUGGAAGAAUCCAAGGCUGAAGACUCGGUGAAUGGCAGCACUAAAAAAGUGAAUACACUGAGCUCUUGGAAUCAGAAAGAUGUUCCUGAGGAGCACAACCAUGACCUGGUAGAGAUAACUGAGAUGGAUUAUUCUCCAGCAAAGAGAAAGCCUCCAAUACACAACUGAGUCUAGGGAUGAUCAACAAGAAAAACUGACAAUGUUCCGUAUAUUAGUAUUAAUAAAAUAUAUACAGUAGACAGAGAUGUUGGACAGCAUUGCAGAAAUGCUGCAGUUUUUUGGCCUAGGAAUGAUUUGUACAUUAUUAUUCUAUCACCUUUAUUGAUUAUAAUAUAUAUUUCCAAUGCCUUUUAAUUUGAUGAUUAA